AUGGCUCCCGAACUUAGCUCCCACGUGCAUGCAGCCACCUCCAAGCCAAAGCAAGAAGAGAUCAAUCCUGCCGUCGACGUGGAGGCCUCGGCCGGCAGCCCGGGCGGCGGUGGCGACGGCGGCGUCAACUACGUGGCGCGCGCGCAGUGGCUCCGCGCCGCCGUCCUGGGCGCCAACGACGGGCUCGUCACAGUCGCGUCCCUCAUGAUCGGCGUGGGCGCCGUGAACGAGGCCUCGAGGCCCAUGAUGCUCGUGUCGGGCCUCGCGGGCCUCGUGUCCGGGGCCUGCAGCAUGGCCAUCGGCGAGUUCGUGUCCGUGUACGCGCAGUACGACAUCGAGGCGGCCCAGAUCGAGCGCACGGCCCACAACGAAGACGGCGGCAAGGGCGACGACGGCCUGCCGAGCCCGGCGCGGGCCGCGGGCGCGUCGGCCCUGGCGUUCGCGGCGGGCGCCGCGAUCCCGCUGCUGGCCGGCGGGUUCGUGCGGGCCUGGACGGGCAGGGUGGCCGCCGUGUGCGCGGCGAGCAGCGUCGGGCUUGCCGGCUUCGGCGUGGCGGGCGCGUACCUGGGCGGCGCGAGCUGCGUGGUGCGGUCUGGGGCUCGGGUGCUCGUCGGAGGGUGGCUCGCCAUGGCCACCACCUACGGCGUGCUUAAGCUCUUUGGGAUGCACGGCGGUGUUUAG